AUGGCCGACCAAGUUCAGGACAACCAGAUGGAGGGCGUUGAGCAGCCCCUCGACAAGGGCAAGGGCAAGGCCAGUGAUCCCCAGGUUGAGGAGUCUGCCGAUGACGACUCCAGCGACGAGUCUGGCGUUGAGGAUCAGGCUCCCGUUGAGGUCGAGGAUGAUGACAACAUGGAGGAGAUCGAUACCAGCAACAUCGUCGGAAGCCGUACCCGUGGCAAGAACAUCGACUUUGCCAAAGCCAACCAGGAGCUCGGCGAGGACGAGGACGAGGAAGAUGAUGAGGACUACGAAGGCGAGGACGCCAUGGAGGAGUAA